AGUGUGAAAAGGAGAGGGAGGGAGAGAGAGAGUCGCGCCAGGCGCCUGCGCUGCAGAAGCCAAGGGACGGCGGCCUUGACAGCUUCUACCUUAGAAGUGUGGCGGGGAGGGUGGAGAGGAGAGGAGAGCGACUCGCGACUCUGGCGCAUGCGUGGUAGCGGGCAGGCGCGGGGGCUCGGGUGGAGGGAGCCGCCGCCGCCGCCGCCGCCGCCCGGGCACUGAGAGGGUUCCCCGGUCUUUGCGUCUCUGCCGCCGCCGCCUGGGCCUCGUCAGCCGCCCUUGCCGUUGGAGUCCCGGCCCCUCCCGAAGGGAGGCAGGAAGGUCCCGGGAGCCGACGGGCCCGGCGGGACCAUGUCCGGGCGCGCCCAGAGCGGGAAGCAGUCCACGACGGAGCGCAUCGUGAAGGCUGUCCCUUUCCCCCCUACACAGCGGCUAACUCUGAAAGAAGUUUUUGAAGAUGGGAAGCCCAGGUUGGAGGUCUUAAAAAACCACUUGGUGAAGGAAGGGCGCCUGGAAGAAGAUGCAGCGCUGAAGAUAAUCAACGAUGGAGCUGCCAUUCUGCGGCAUGAGAAGACCAUGAUAGAAGUGGAGGCUCCAAUCACAGUGUGUGGUGACAUUCAUGGGCAGUUCUUUGACCUGAUGAAGUUGUUUGAAGUUGGAGGAUCACCCAAUAACACUCGCUACCUCUUCCUGGGAGACUACGUGGACAGAGGCUACUUCAGUAUAGAGUGUGUGCUGUAUUUGUGGAGUUUAAAGAUAAAUCACCCCAAAACGCUGUUCCUGCUCCGAGGGAACCAUGAGUGCAGGCACCUCACAGAAUACUUCACCUUCAAACAGGAAUGUCGAAUUAAGUACUCAGAACGAGUGUACGAUGCAUGCAUGGAUACAUUUGACUGUCUUCCUCUUGCUGCCCUUUUGAACCAGCAGUUUCUGUGUGUCCAUGGUGGGCUGUCUCCCGAAAUCACGUGUCUAGAUGAUAUUAGGAAAUUAGACAGGUUUAAGGAACCUCCAGCUUUUGGUCCAAUGUGUGACCUGCUGUGGUCUGAUCCAUCAGAGGAUUAUGGCAAUGAGAAGACACUGGAACACUUCACUCAUAAUACUGUUCGAGGUUGUUCCUAUUUCUACAGUUACCCUGCAAUUUGUGAAUUUUUGCAGAACAAUAAUUUAUUAUCUGUGAUCCGAGCACAUGAGGCCCAGGAUGCUGGGUAUCGGAUGUACAGAAAAAGCCAAACUACAGGUUUUCCAUCCCUAAUCACAAUCUUUUCUGCACCAAACUAUCUAGACGUCUAUAACAACAAGGCUGCUGUACUGAAAUAUGAAAAUAAUGUCAUGAACAUCAGGCAGUUCAACUGUUCUCCGCACCCCUACUGGCUUCCAAAUUUUAUGGAUGUUUUCACAUGGUCUUUGCCUUUCGUAGGGGAAAAGGUUACAGAGAUGUUGGUUAAUAUCCUCAACAUCUGCUCAGACGAUGAGCUCAUUUCAGAUGGAGACGAAACCUUGGAUGAUAACUACAUUUCAAGCUAUCCGAAAGGAGGCACCAAUGCCCGCAAAGAGAUCAUCAGGAAUAAGAUCAGGGCCAUUGGGAAGAUGGCACGAGUUUUUUCCGUCCUUCGAGAGGAGAGUGAGAGUGUGCUGACACUCAAAGGCCUAACUCCUACGGGUACUCUGCCCUUGGGAGUCCUUUCAGGGGGGAAGCAGACUCUACAGACCGCCACAGUAGAAGCAGUAGAGGCACGGGAAGCCAUCCGUGGAUUUUCACCACAGCACAAGAUCCGCAGCUUUGAAGAAGCCAGGGGUCUGGACCGUGUUAACGAGCGCAUGCCACCACGCAAGGAUUCAAAGCACCCAGAUGGGCCGGUGAACUUAACCUCAACAAACUCUGCGGAAAAGAAUGGGACAGGGAAGAAAGCCCAGUAACAGUUCAAGCGCCCAGUCUGUAUCACUAAAGGAUCCAAAACUUAAUGAAUUCUAUUUAUUUAUUAUGGAGGUGAGGGGUGGGGUGGGGUGGGGGAGGGCAAAACCAACUUAGCCUGGAGACACGUCCAUAAUCCAGUUUGCAUCCAUUCUGUAAGAGAGGUGACCAUUUUGUAAGUUUUUUAAAUUUUAUGUUCAAUAUAUAAAAAGUCUCUUUUUUUAAUUUAGAAAUGGCUCUAAAUACUAGUGCAUAUAUAAAGUGUUGUUCUGUACAGAUGACCUGUCCCUGCCAAACAGGGAAAGAACCUGUGUAGAGGGGAGGAUGUGUUGUAACAGCCCAGGGCAACUUUGGCAUGUUAUUUUUAUUGGAACCAUUUCACAUUAUCCUCUUGUUUUUAAAAAAGUGGAAUCUUUGAUUCAAAACUUCCUCCCAGCUUUUACUAUUUUUCCUCUUGCUGCAUCUGAUGCUGCUGCAGCCAUUGACCUCCAUUAAAGGUGUUGUUGUACGGGGCAAUUAGUAAAUUAUCUCCUUUUUUGGGACCCCUGUCAAAAGAAAUGCUGGGUUGCAUAGAUCCCGUUCCAAAUAAGUUUCUGGACCUGGAGAAUGAGAAUCUUUUCUCUCUGUCCCACCCCGUGUUCCCAGUGAUUUUCCUACAGGAGACCCAGUUUCGGCACAGAAAUAAAAUUGUUUUGGAAAACUCUUUAAAGAGUUGGGCGCUGCUAAAUGUAGCCUUGUAACCUCCAUUACUCUGAAAGCAAUCCCUACCUUGACUUCAUAUUGCUUAUAUUGUUCCGUAAACAUAACUCUCUUCGACAUGCAUUGACAUCACACAGGUGAGAUUUAUUUCUCUUUCUCUCACACACAAGCAACCUUCGCAGAUUGUUGCAUAGCUGUGAUCUUAAUGUAAAAAUCUGUAUGACUUUAAUAUUUUGGGAUAGGAGUCCUUACUUUUUUGCACACACCUUUCCUUCCCAUAUACCCCGCACUACGGUAACUCCAGAAGGGUACCCUGGCCCAAACUAUCUCUGUGACUGACCUGUAUGGAAGCCUGCCUCUAUUCCCCAUUCAUUGUUUUAGAAUUAUGGAUAGUGUGGAUAAAAUGUUGCCAUAAUUUGAAUAGGUUGCUUUUUUUGGAUCACGACUUCUAGAAAUCCCCAGAUAGCCCAUUGGAGGAUUCUGGGAGAUAUCCAGAAAAGUAAUUUUUUUCCAAGCUCUGUCUGGGCAAAGAAGGUGCAAUAUCUUUUAGAGCUCUGUUCGCUGGUGGAACGUUUUUGGAGGUGGUGGUGUCUGGAGUGUAUCAGUCACAUGCACAGCCUGGGAUGUCAUUGUAUCUGCCAGGUAGACAGCAGAAAACGCACACAGGUGAAGAACAGGUAAAGUUGGUGGUCUCCACUGGACUGCAGGAACAAUAUCAGGCUUGUAAGAGAUUCCCCCCCCCCCACUCAUGGGCUGAAUGUAAAAAGCUUCUGGGUUGUCCCAAGGAGAUCAACCAUCAUUAUUUGUUUCUGUCUCCAGCCUCAGUACCAAUUGGAAAAACUACCUUCUGUGCAGCCCUGGUGUUGUUAGCAAUUUGGCCAACACGGGUGGUCUGAAUUUCUGUGUUCAAAGCAGCCUACAGUGGCAUCAAGUCAAUGGAUUUGAAGGGCCCAGUCUCACCAUUUUCUGCUCAGCACAGUACAUAUCUCUGCAGUAUAUAUCUCUGCAGGUUAGGGGUAGGUGUGCCUCCUGCUCCAGUGAUUUUCCUUCAGGAGACCCAGUUUCGGCACAGAAAUACAAUUGUUUUGGAAAACUCUUUAAAGAGUUGGGCACUGCUAAAUGCCCAACUCUUUAAAAAGUUUUCCAGCAGGAGGCGCUUCAGUUCUUUCCCUCAUAAAUAAGGCUUUUAACUCCAGUCUCUUCAAAGUAACAGUUGAGUAGACCAUUUGACACCCUCUGUGGAAAGAGUAGGGAUUGGUUCAGAUGCCUGUAUGCAAUGGAGAUGGAUCCAGAAAUCCUUGGAUGGAUUCUCUCACAUUUUUUCUUCAGGAGUAACAAAGGCAUGGUAGGAUGGAUGUACUGACUGAAGAUCUCAGUUGUCUUGUUGGUUCAGAAUUGUAAAUCCCGCUAUGGGCUUUAAGUAACAUGAAAUAUGUUUAUUGCAAGCUUCAAAAUAACAGCAGAGAAGGGGGAGAGCCAAUCUCAGCAUGCCAAAGUGAAUGUGCUUUAUUUUGUUAUGCCUGCACAUUUCAAUUUCUUCUGUAAACGGCAGCGGUUUCUUCAGAGCGAUAUUAAAAAGCAGGCAGAAUCUCUUACCGGGAGUUUGAAGGGCAAAUGAGUAAGAAAUCAAAUUCGGAUAAAGGUCUCAUAGAAUUCUCCCAAAAAGACCCUAGAGUUUAUAGAAUCAUGAAAUGGUAUAUUUACUUUGCUUUUCAAGUUUUGUUCUCCCCUUUAUUUCUUCUGAUAAAACUCCCACCAGUUUUUGUUGGAACUUUAAAUAACAGCUUCGCAUUUUCAUUGAUACAAGCUCUGCAUGCCAUUGUUGGUGAUAAAUACAUUCUGUUGAGGAAGGCAGUACGUUUCCUUUGCAAGGUCAAAGUCACUGUGGAUGUUACAAGAAGAAGGUAGAAGGCGAAAUCUUUAUGAAGCAUUUAUGAGAAACUCUCCUUUUUAAAAACCUAAGUAAAGGAAACCUCUGUAGAACUGAGGAGAGGGGACUUUGGAGAAGAAGUACCAACUAGUUGGUAGCUAGUUUUUGCUCUUUAAAGGAUAGCUGUUUCAGAUCUUAAAGGAAGCAAGGAAGAUUGCUUUAUGAAGUGCCAAAGAAGAGCAAAUGAAAAUAUGAGUUGUGCACUGAAGAUGGAAUCCCUAUGUAGAAUGAUGAGCUGACUUGAUUUUCUUUUUUCUAGCCUUGUUGGAAACCAGAUUUGGGGGGCUGGCUUGUUCUUUAAAUCCAGUUUCCACAUCAUUGGAAAUAGACACCCCUUGAAAUUACUUCAUUCACUGAAGUCACAGCUCUCCCACCUCUUGUCAUUGAUUUUACUGUUACUCAGUCUUUGGUCGUUCAUAUGUUUUGGUCUUGAAUUCUCAGAAGCUCUGACAGCAUGGUCAGUGCUGUGGAUUUUUUGGAAGUAGAAGUCUUAAAAUGUUUGGGGUGGGGGGGUGAGUUUCAGAACUACAUUUGCAUGCAUUUCAGAGAACAUGCAGUUUGAAGGUUAUGCACUCUUAAAGCCAUCCUUUCCACAGAAACUGCUAUUUUGAGGCAGAACGAACAUUUAUUUGUUUGUCUUGAAGAUGAAGAAUAUGUUUAAGCUGUUCCCCCUAUCUUAAAAAUUUCUGUUAUAGGGCUAACUAGGGCAUCGUCUGUCAUGAAAUAACAGCAGUGGUAGGAAUCACUGUCUUUCAAGAGAGAUUUUACAUAUUUGCCUCCCUGCAGGCAGCAAAUCAGGCCACAACCAGACGGUUUCCAGUUUGAGAGGGGCAAUCUGUCAUGGAUCACACAGAGAGGAAUAAGUUCAAAUUUUUGUUACAUUGCAUUAUCUCCGUAACUGUUCUCAGGAUGCUCCUGAAAAUUUAUUAAAACUCAGGAGGCUGUGCUUUCCUGUGAAUUUACAAAACAUGCAAAUACUAAACCUCCAGAGGGGAAGAUAUGGCCAACUUACUUUACCCACUCACCACCUUUUCAAAGUUUUUGGGAACGAUGUACAUGCUCUUCUUUGCCUUCUAGACACAGUGGCAACUUUGCAUAUGGCCUGCUGGUUUAUAUGGGAAAUGAAAUUCGGUCCCUGAAAUACCCUGCUAUUGACAUUUUCUUGCAGACAAGCCAGGUAUGCCACCCAUCUCCUUUGUCUCCUUGUUCCCCUUUUUGCUUUUUUUUAUUUAUUUAAAUCUAGCAGUACAACUGAGGUCAGGGCUGCUUCUUAGCUACCAAAGUUUUCCAGACACAGUGGGUUUUCCUUGAUCUAGAACUGUGGUUUCCAGCUUUGGGGUAGCCCAGGUGUUCUUCGGACUGCAGCCCAGAAACCCCAGCCAGCGCAGCUGGCGAAGGAUUGUGGGAAUUACAGUCCAAGAACACCUGGGUUACCUUAUGUGGGGAACCACUAAUCUAGAGUGCUUCAUCCACUCAGCAUAAAUUCACUGGUGCCCCUUAUGCCCACUGAAACAUUUUAUUACAUCAGCUUUUUAGAGAGAAGAAAGGGGAUGUCAUGAUGGUCAAUAAAAUGGGAAUGCAGCAUGCACACACAUGCUCAGAGAGCGCUCAGUCUCCUUCGGAGUUGCUGUGCAGAGGAGGGGCAGGAGUUGACCCUUCACAUCAACAGGCAAAUGCUCUGGAGCAUUCCAGGAUCUUUCUGGUGCUCUGUAUGCAGGAUACUAGGACGGUAAAGCUCUAUGGCUAUCAGGUUAGACCUAAGUUCUGGUUGCCCAGCAAACAUGGGUGCCAGGCCCUCUUUUUUCCCACCUCAGGACAGUAUGUGGUGUUCUUGGGGGAAAUGGAGGGGGAGAGUGAGCAGAGGCAUGGUUUGCAGGGAGAUGGGAAAUGCUUUCAGCUGGCUGACUUUCUUGUCAUUGAAAGGCUGAAUGAAUUCCCAGUGCCCUGGAAAUGGGAAACAUGGAAAAGGACAGACCUUGGAGUGGAAGGAGCAGCCUCAGUCCUCCCCUUUUUGGGGCCUCUGUUCUCUCCUAUCUUCCCUUGCCUUCUCUGCCCUCUUAAUAAGCUGUCUGAUGCACAGUAUUGAAACCAGUGCCCAGUAUUCAAUGUUCUCUUUUUUUGAAAACCAGGAAAGAAAGCUGCCAGCCACCGCUGCUCUUGCGCAUCAUGAACUUGGUGCCAUUUUCUCUAAGGCAAGAGGUGGACAGUAUGUGGCCUUCCAGAUGUUGUAGGGCUGGGGGUCCCAUCAACAGUAGCAUCACCAGCAGUGGGAAAUGGUGAGAGCUGCAGUCUGACAACAUCCGACGGGCCGCGCUUGAACACUUCUGGCCUAAGAUCUGAACAUAUCAUGACCUCUUAGCCAGAGUUUUGAAGCUGAGGUUGACCACAGUAUAGGGGAAGCCUUAAGGGGCCAUGCAUGUAUGGCUCAAGAUUAUGCCCAUGGGCUGCUAGGGGGAGGUAGCACACAGUUCCUUAGAUGCUUUUGAUAUUUUAAAACACCCAGAGUCACAUGCUAUAGCCCUUGGAAUAAUCUCUGGUCAGGAAUUAACAGAGGUUCAUGCUCUUAGUGGAGCAACUAUUGACCACGUAAGUGUUACACCACAGCUAUUGCCUAUAGGUUGCUCUGUGUUGUAGUUGGCAAAGUGGAAAAUACACUGUACACAGCAGUGCUGGGUUGUGUGAGGUUGGUGGAGCCUUAAAAUACCAGGUGGCCCUUUCUGUUUCCCGUAUUCAGAAAGGCAAGGGAAAUACACCAAAGCUGUCUGCACAAUCCCACUUUCUGAAACACCAGCCAUAAAUUUGUCUUGGAGCUGUGAGUGCCUGAAGGGGUUUCGUCUUGACUCCUUUUUCCACCCAUUCUAUCCCAUUGGUGUAUGUGUGUGUGGGUACGUGUGCAUUUGUGUUUUAAUUCCAGAGACAAUCUUGAGUAAUGACAUCGGCAAAAAAAAUAUAUAUAUAAAAUGGCCAAGAAACAGCCCACCAACACUUGGGAUACCCAAGUAUUAAAGACUGUGCACUGCCCUCUUAACUGUGAGGUUGCCUCUUAAGCAGCCGUUAAAUUUUUUUAUUAUUAUUACUAAUCUUGCAUGAAGAAAAGCAAGAUGCAUGUAACAAGGAGGGGAGUCCACAAUGGGUCUUCCAAACUUCAGGAACAAAGGUGCUUUCACCUCCUUGAAGAGAACCUACCCCAACAUGGUGCCACACACCACUCACCUCUUCCCGAAAUAGCUCAAUUCUGCUGCCAGCUUGGGAGCCCCCCACCAGCUUUGCUCAUCCCAGUCAAGGUGGAAUUGCACCCCCAGGAAGUGUGUGGUGAGGACUGAGGUUCUUGAUUCUGAAGUCAUGUUUGCCCAUUGCCUGGAGACUGCCUCCUUUAUUUUCUUGCGCGCUCUCUCUCUUUUUUUUUAGUUAUGUUUUAAAAAAAGAAUGGUGAAAAUGUUAUUUAUUGGCAGAAAUUAUUUAAUAUAAUUUCUCUUUUGUGAACAAGGAAUGAAUUUGUUAGAACUGUCUUAAUGUAAAUUGGAAAAGUCAUCUUUAAGGAAAAAAGUUAAAAAUUAAAAACA